UAUAGGUUAUAAACUACCUGUGUAUUCAUUUUCGUCUAAAUCAGUUCGGUUUUGUCAGCGUGUUCACGCGCGAACGCACCCAUAAGAAAUACGGGGGGAGCGGGGCGCGGAGGACGGAACGCUGCGCGCCGACGCCAUUGCGAUUUGCGACCGCCGACCAGACCUUGUUCAACUCGCAAGCGAGCGAGCGCAUUCCGCCCUUCUUUAUUACAUUUCCGUUUGUGUGUCAGUUUUUUUUUAUUGUUUUUCUAUACAAAUUAUACAAAUUAAUCCAAAAUACAGUCCACCAUUAUUGAAGAGCACCCCUAACAUUGGUCCUUCCACCGGUAAAGAAGAAGCGUUGCAAUAACUUCAAGUAAUAAGCGGCGGAGCCAUAACCACGUGCGCGUCUAUUGUGUCGUGGCAUCAUUUCGUCGAGCGAAGAUUGAACAACUCUCCACUCAUCACUGCAAACACGUGCGCCAAUCUAUUGCGCCGUGGCAUUAUCAUUGUCGGUGACGAGUGAAAUCUUGAAAAUUGAACGAGCCUCCAGUGAAGACACGUGCGCUGAUACAUCGCGGCGUGGCAUCAUUCCUGGCACAACACAACCCGUGAAGAUCUGAAGAGAGGACACAACGUGCCGCCGCUCUGGGGCCGCUGCAUCGCUGCUCGAGAUAGUCGACCGAGAUUGAGCUGUUAUCCGAUAAUCCAGACGACGCUCAUGCUGAUCGCUUCAAAUUUGAAGAAAUGUACCAUAACUUGAUUGCCACGGCGCGGAAAGUCAUCACUACUGAGCAGGGGCAACGACGGCAGGAGCAGACUUCUGCAGGUUCCGUAUCAGGCUCCGAGGUGACAGGUGGAACGAGAAAUUUUAUACGUUUGCCUAAAAUUGACCUUCCCCGUUUUGAUGGCAGCUAUCAGUGUUGGUUAGAAUAUAGGGACACUUUUCUCUCAUUAAUACACAACAACAACAACAUUGACAAUAUUAGUAAAUUUCAUUACCUGCGCGCUUCAUUAAAGGGACAAGCCGGUGAAAUAAUAAAAAAUAUAGACUUCAAACAGGAAAAUUAUAGUAUAGCAUGGAAAUUAUUAUGUGAGCGGUAUGACAACAGUCGGUUAUUAAUAAAUAAUCAUGUCAAGGCACUAUUUAAUGCAGAGCCUAUUGUCAGUGAGACCAGUGCUGCCUUACGCCGCCUGGUUGAUGUCACAAAUAAGAACAUUCGAGCAUUGACUUUAUUGAAUGAGCCGACUAGGGACACCCUAAUUAUCUAUCUUAUGUCAUCAAAAUUAGAUGCUACUACCAGCAGGGACUGGGAAGAACACCGCAGCACUUUAGGCAAUUCACCAACAUUGCUUCAAUUUUCCACAUUUAUGAAUAAUAAGGCUGAUUUACUUGAAACUCUAGAAGAAAAUAAUAAAUUUGAUAACAUACAACCACCUAACAGUGUUAAAUCUAAAAGUUUUAUAAUAACCUCACAGAAGCAAGAAACCAAAGGUAUUGAAAAAGACAAAAACAAAAUUAUUUGCCCGCUGUGUUCUCAAACUCAUUAUCUUUAUUCAUGUGUAGAAUUUAAGAAGUUAACAAUUGAAGAUCGAGUACAGAAAGCAAAAGAGUUUAAAGUAUGUUUGAAUUGCUUACGGGGUGGCCAUAUAGAAAAGCGUUGUAGAUUCACACGUUGUAAAUACUGUAAAAACCGUCAUAAUACCUUGUUACAUUUAGAUCAACCUGAGACUCAAGUUCAGGAUCCCAUGCCUAGUGUCUCCUCUAGCAAUGUGUCAUUCUCAGCAGAUAUACAGCCUACUUCUCAGAUACAUGUUUUACUUUCCACAGCUAUGGUGAGAGUGGUGAACAAUAAAGGAAAAAGGUGCAAUGCUAGAAUUCUUCUAGACAGUGGGAGUACAGCCAACUUCAUCACUGAGAAGUUGAGCAGGAGCCUUGGAUUGUCUCGAGUUGGUACUUCCUCCAGGGUAACAGGUAUUAAUAGUUUGACCAGUAACAGUACACAUUCUUGCAACCUCACUAUUGAAUCUACAUAUGAACAUUAUCAGUUUAAUAUAACUUGUUUCAUUCUACCUGAGAUAACUAGGAGAUUACCAGCGUCCUAUAUAAAUACUGAAAACAUUCCUAUUCCUUCAGGGUUAUUUUUAGCGGAUCCAUCGUUUAAUACCCCAUCAGACAUUGAUAUUCUUUUAGGAGCUGAGCUAUUUUGGGAUGUCAUUCAGGCUAAUCACAUCAGUUUAGGAAAAAAUUUACCAAAGUUGUGUGAGAGUAAACUAGGGUGGUUAAUCUCAGGUACUGUACCUGCUAGCCAGCAUAAACAAACACAUGUUUGUAAUUUUUCUAGUACUACUAGUCCUGAUUUGAAUAAGUUUUGGGAACUUGAUACAAUUUCACCCAAGCAUUGUCUUUCUGUAGAGGAACGUGCUUGUGAAGAGAGUUUUAAAUUAAAUACUAUCCGGGGUUCAAAUGGUCAGUUUAUUGUUACCAUGCCACUUAAAGAAGAUCCUAGCGUUCUAGGCGACUCAUACGCUGCUGCUAAACGUAGAUUUUUAUCUUUAGAAAAACGCUUUCAACGUGAUCCAAUUUAUAAAAGUAUGUAUACUGAUUUUAUGAAUGAAUAUGAAACAUUAGGUCACAUGACUGAAGAUACAAAUUUACCAGCCAAUAACAAAAAUGUAAGUUAUUUCAUGCCACAUCAUGGGGUUUUACGGGAAUCCAGUAAAACUACUAAGUUGCGAACAGUUUUUGAUGCAUCAGCAAAGUCAAGCUCAGGUUUAUCACUAAAUGACAUCCAAUUUGUAGGUCCCACUGUACAGAACGAUCUUCUCUCAAUCUUAAUGAGAUUUAGGCAACAUAAAUAUGUAAUCUCAGGGGAUAUCGAAAAAAUGUAUAGAGCGGUAGAAUUAAAUCCCAGUCAACGAUCAUUACAACGAAUUCUAUUUAGGAAAGGCCCCUCAGAGCCUAUCAAAUCGUACACAUUAAACACAGUCACAUAUGGAACGGCGUCAGCGCCAUAUCUUGCAACCAAGUGCCUUGUGAGUCUCGCAGAGGACACAGACAAUCAGCAGGUCAAGAGUAGUAUUCAACGGGAUUUUUAUGUAGACGAUCUUUUAUGCGGAACAGAUACAUUAGAGGGCGCUAUAGAGCUUUGCCAGAACAUAAAAUCCAUAUUAAAUUCAGCUAAUUUUAAUCUAAGGAAAUUUCAGUCAAAUAGUGCUCUUAUUCUAAAAAAGAUAGUAGAUGUAAACGAUGAUACUUGCCUUGAUUUAGAUUUGUCCAAUAAUUGCACAUCAAAGACUUUAGGUUUAUUAUGGAAUUGCAAACUAGAUAUUUUAUCAUUUUCUAUUAAUAUUGACACUCGCAAAACAACAAAAAGAAACAUAUUAUCUGUUAUUAGCCAAAUUUUUGACCCAUUGGGGUUAAUAGGUCCAUGUGUUGUUGAAGCAAAAAUUAUAAUGCAAAAAUUGUGGGUCAAUAAAUGUGACUGGGAUGAUAAGGUUCCUCAGGACAUAGCAGAUCAGUGGUCAAAAUUUGUAGAAGCAUUAAAGCAUUUAAAUUCUUUGAAUAUUCCUAGAUGGGUCAUAUGUGAGAACUGUAAAAUUAAUGAGAUACACAUAUUUACAGAUAGCAGUGAAAAGGCAUAUGGUGCAUGCGUCUAUAUACGCAGUAUUGAUAGUAGUAAUGCAGUAACGGUACGCCUACUAGCUUCUAAAAAUCGGGUAGCCCCUGUCAAGCCAACAACAAUGCCCAGGUUAGAACUAUGUGGAGCAUUGGUGGGUGCAAGAUUGUGUACAAAGGUCAAAGAAUCACUCACUAUAUCUGUUAGCAGAUGUGUUUUUUGGUGUGAUUCAACAAUUGUUUUGAGCUGGUUGUCCGCACCAUCGACACAACUCAAGCCUUUUGUCAGGCAUCGUGUCAAUGAAAUACAGGAAACCACCCUCGGAUCCUUAUGGAACUAUGUGCCAACACGAGACAAUCCCGCGGAUCUAGUUUCUCGAGGGGUGAAGGCUGACCAUAUCAGCGACUCCAGUCUAUGGUGGGCAGGCCCUUCAUUUUUAUUACAAGAUGAAAGCCUGUGGCCAAAGCCUCCCAACGACAUUGCAAAACAAGACUUGCCUGAACUAACUUGCUAUGUAACUCAGUCCAACAAUAGUGACAUUCAACAUCAAACCUUAAUUCAAGAAUUAAUUCACAAAUAUUCAGACUUCAACCGUUUGCAAAGAGUUGUGGCCUACAUUAAAAGGUACAUUUAUAAUUUAAAAAAUAAAAAUAGCAAGUUAGUAGGGUGGCUGUCGAAUCAGGAAAUUCAAUCUUCUUUGAAAUGUAUUCUGCUUAACGCACAACUUGAAAUAUUUCCAGAUGAAUAUUCUACUUUAAAAUUAGGAAAAUCCCUGCUCCACAAAAACCGUCUCAUAUCAUUGUCACCUUUUUUAGACUCUGAUGGCAUCAUUCGAGUUGGAGGCAGGUUAAAUAAUUCCCCUUACGAUUACAACGUGAAACAUCCUAUACUCCUGUGCAGUAAGCAUCAUAUAACUAAAAUCUUAUUUCAAGCUGUUCACAAAAGGCUGUUACACGCCGGGCCUCAGUUGCUCUUGGCAAACAUUAGGCAAAACUAUUGGCCUUUGGGGGGAAGAAAUUUGUCUAGGUUUACCGUUCAAAAAUGCGUUGUGUGUUUUAGAUAUAAGGCUCAAAAUGUACAGCCAAUAAUGGGUCAACUUCCAAGUUCACGAAGUAAUCUUGAAUUUCCAUUCUUAAAUUCAAGUGUUGACUAUGCCGGGCCAAUACUGAUAGCUGACCGGAAGGGAAGGGGAUGCAAACUUGUAAAGUCUUACAUAUGUAUCUUUGUCUGCCUAGCCAUUAAGGCUGUUCACCUGGAGCUUGUCACGGACCUUACCAAGGAGGCAUACGUGGCCGCCUUAAAAAGAUUCAUUGCGCGCCGUGGCAAGCCUCGCAGCAUUUUGUCUGAUAACGGAACAACCUUUGUCGGUUCUGAUAACCAACUUCGUGCUUUCUUGCAGAAUUCAAACCUUUCCUAUGACGUCGCGCAAGAAGGAAUUGAAUUCAACUUUGUGCCGGCCUACUCUCCUCAUUUCAACGGCGUAGCUGAAGCCGCCGUGCGAUCCACGAAACACCAUUUAAAGAGAUUACUCACUCUCACUCACUUCACAUAUGAAGAAAUGGCUACUUGUCUCACCCAAAUAGAGGCAAUUCUCAAUUCCCGACCACUUACUCCCUGCUCUCCUGAUCCACUUGAUUUUUGUGCCCUAACACCUUCCCACUUUUUAAUUGGAAGAUCACUCACGUCCGUUCCGCAUCCACAGAUGACUGACAGCGAAAACAUCAGUCGACUCGAGCGAUUCCAAAGGGUGGAAUACAUAAAGCAGCACUUUUGGAAAAGGUUUAACACUGAGUAUAUUUAUCUGCUGCAGCAAAAAACUAAGUGGUCGACGACAACGGGAGACAUCAAGGUGGGCAGCCUCGUCCUGGUAAAGGAUAAGGCGCUCCCACCUCUCUGCUGGCUACUGGGUCGCGUCGUACAAACGUACCCGGGGUCCGACGGUGUUGCAAGAGUUGCAGAGUUAAAAACUAAGAAGGGGACACUUCGGCGAGCCUUCAACAACAUCUGCCCGCUGCCACUCUCUUGAAGACUCCUUCAACCCGGGGAGCAUGUUCACGCGCGAACGCACCCAUAAGAAAUACGGGGGGAGCGGGGCGCGGAGGACGGAACGCUGCGCGCCGACGCCAUUGCGACCGCCGACCAGACCUUGUUCAACUCGCAAGCGAGCGAGCGCAUUCCGCCCUUCUUUAUUACAUUUCCGUUUGUGUGUCAGUUCUUUUUUAUUGUUUUUCUAUACAAAUUAUACAAAUUAAUCCAAAAUACAGUCCACCAUUAUUGAAGAGCACCCCUAACAUUGAUGCAGAUCCGGCAUGAAAGACAAACAUCACCAUACAAACUUUCACUUUUAAAUUCAAUAUAAAAUAUUUAAAGCACACCAAAUAAACUAAAGAGUUGACUGUUAACGUAUUCACAUAUUUCCGUGCUGGCACGACCAGUAAACACGAACAAAUUCAAAUGAAAAAAGUUGAGAACUUUUCAUGCGUACUUCACUUGUUUUGAAGUUUGAUGCUAUUGUCGACAAAGGGUUACCUUUUGUCAUUUUAAGUGUAUUUAUAGCACAGAUAAUAUGUAUUUUACUCAACUGCGUAAAAAGAGGAGGAUAACUUUCUCAGUAUUUUCAAAAAUGCAAGAUUCGGUAUUGGAUUGUAGCUUCCGAAUGUGUAAACCUUUUUUUGAGGUACGGGAUAUUGUUAGCUACUAAUAGGGAUGACG